ACUUGGUUCCAUCCCACAAAGAAAAAGGAUAUUUUCUUCCUUUCUUUAAAAAAAAAAUAUAUUAAGGGGAAAGGACUUAUUUUAUUGCAACUUAGUAGCAAAAUAGCAAUACUCAGUACUCACUUAUCCAAUAUUUUUGUUUGUUUCUCAAAUUCUCAGUCCUAACCCCGUUUCCAUUCACAAUUCCCAUUUGGAAACCGCUAACUCGAAUCUUCCUACAACCUUCGCUCUCCCCUCUGAGAAAACCAGGUUCAAAACCGCGUUCAAACGCUUUUCCUCUCCGUUACAUAACCAUUAUCAACACUCCUAUUUCACCAUCAUCUAUCUUUCUCAUACACGCAAAUAUCUGACAUCCCCAGUUUAAAGUUUUAACCUCUCUCUUUAACCUUUCCGUUUCAAACUUUCAAUUCUAAUGGGUUCAGUUUCUACUUACAAAAGAAAAGAGCCAGAGCCAAACAGCCCCUUUGACACACUACCGGACGAUGUUAUCCAGCUUAUACUCAACAGAGUCAAAGACGCUAAGACCCUCGUUCGUUGCCUCACACUAAACAAGCGUUUCGCUUCUAUUAUCCCCCAAACCGACGUCGUUUCACUCCCACUCUUCGUCUCUCAACGCCCUCACCACAACAAUAAUCAAAAUAAUAAUGGAAAUAAUAACAAUUUCAGCAGGGGCAAUCCUGUAAAUUUAGUUAAAUCAGUGGUCAGUUACCUCAUCGCUAAAUUCCGCCGCCGCAACAACCGUCACAGCAACCGCGGUGGUGAAGGCGAUAAUUCUGUCCCUGAUUCUCUGUGCCAGUGCGCUCCGAAGCUACUCAAACCGUUCCGCCGCAUCACGCACCUUCAUUUCGAGCUCCACACCAUUGGCGGCACCGUCGACAAGGAGUUCCUCAAAUGGAAAGCGAUCUACGGCAGCGAGCUCAAGACUUGCGGUGUUCUCUGCGCGACUUCGUUUCGCCGAUCUAACGACGGCGAGUCGGUGCCGUUGAAAGAGGAACAACAGGAGGAUGAAACGGUGCCUCAUCCGCCGCCGUCGGUGCCGACUGAAGAGUUCAAGGCUCGGAUCAUGUGGACAAUCUCGUGCUUGAUCUCGGCGUCGGCGAGGCAUUUCUUGCUGAAGCAGAUGCUAGCGCAGUUUCCGACGCUGAAGACGGCGACGAUAAGUGAUGCGAGGAGGCAGGGGAAGUUGUCCAUGGGGGAGGACGAGAUCCGAGAUCUGAGGGAGUCGCUGAAGGAGGAAGGCGCGACGGAGCUAACGGCGGAGCGUGUGGUGCCGGACCUUAGGAUGAGGAUGUGGUACGCGCCGGAGCUUGAGCUUCCGGCGGCGAGGUGCGUGCUGAAAGGAGCGACGCUGCUCGUGAUUGGACCUGCUAACAGCAAGGAGGAGAUGGUUCCUCCAGCGGAUAUCGGUUAUGACGGUGAUGCGGCAGAGCAGGCGUUGUUCGCGGAGGCGCAGAGAGAGAUCGUGAAGAUGAAGAAGCGGAGUUGCUACGUGAUGGAAAUGACGUCGUUUUGACGGUGUGUUACGUAACUAUCAUAACUGAACGACGACGUCGUUUCAGACUACAAUAAUAAAUGCUCAGAAAACGUGGAAUUUUAGCUAACAUGAAUUAGAGGAUAAAAUUUUGCGUUAUAACAAGUUAAGCAUCGUGUAAAUAACAAAACCAUAUGUUAAUAGCUAUAAUAAUAAUAAUAAUUAGUUGCGAAUAAGGUAGCCUUUUACGUCAUUGUAUCUGACUAAUAUCAAAAGGGUAUGACAUUAACAUUGAGUUUCAUUAAAAUUCUUGUCUAGGCUUUGCUUAAUUUUGAGUUCUAAUUAGUUCAUGCAGGGAGUAAUUGUAUGCAUGUGAAGAGGGGUUUCCCGUUACGUCACUUGAGGAUUCGAUUCAUUGAAUCAAAAAACUAAUCACUAAAUGCUAUGAAAGAUGGGGCGGUAAUCAAAAGGAUAAUGCUCAGAAAAAUAGAGAGCAGCUGUUUUACACACCAUAUACACACAUGCCAAUGCCAUG